CUCCGCUGCUGCGCUCGCCUCGGCUAAGGAGUACCACGCUGCUCUCAGUAAAAGUCUCUCUCCCCUCUUUUCUCCCUCUUUCUUCCUAGGAUUUUCUCCCCAUCUCGGAAGCCCAUCCAGAGGAACCAGCUGCUCCGCCGACUCGCGCCCACCUCGGGAAGAUGGGAAGCAAGGCUCUGCCAGCCCCCAUCCCGCUGCACCCGUCCCUGCAACUCACUAACUACUCCUUCCUCCAGGCUGUGAACACCUUCCCCGCAGCUGUGGACCAGUUGCAAGGUCUGUACGGACUCAGCGCCGUGCAAACCAUGCACAUGAACCACUGGACAUUGGGCUACCCCAAUGUGCAUGAAAUCACCCGCUCUACCAUCACGGAGAUGGCGGCCGCGCAGGGCUUGGUGGACUCCCGCUUCCCUUUCCCCGCUCUCCCCUUUGCCACGCACCUCUUCCACCCCAAGCAAGGGGCCAUCGCCCACGUCCUCCCAGCAUUGCACAAGGACAGGCCCCGAUUUGACUUUGCCAACCUGGCCGUGGCCGCCACGCAGGAGGACCCCCCCAAGGUGGGGGAGCUCGCCAAGCUGAGUCCCGGACUGGCCUCGCCCCUGUCGGGCAUCAGCAAGCUGUCCCCGGACAGAAAGCCUUCCCGCGGCCGCCUGCCCUCCAAGACGAAAAAGGAGUUCAUCUGCAAGUUUUGCGGCAGGCACUUCACCAAGUCCUACAACCUCCUCAUCCACGAGCGAACCCACACGGACGAGCGGCCCUACACCUGCGACAUCUGCCACAAGGCUUUCCGGAGGCAGGACCACCUGCGGGACCACCGGUGAGGGA